GUUUUUUUUUUUUUGUAGAAGUCUAUGGAAUUUGCCUUUUCCUGUUUGGAACGGGUGGGGGUGUCACUCAGUCCAGUUCUCAUGUAGAAUCACUGCCAUAAGCCCGCGUGCUCCGGUUCGCCGCCUCGGUCCGGCCCCUCUUUCCAUUGGCCUGUCCCGCCCCAGCUGCCAGCUUUGCUUUAAAGCCGGGAGAUGGCGGUAGGGCACGAGGCGGAGCGGCGCGCGCUGCCAAACUCCCGCAGAGGAAGCCUCGCGCGGAAACCCCACGCGCCUCCCACAGCCCGCUCCACAGCCUCUCUGCGCCAUGCCGCCUUCAUCCGACCUCGGCCGGGCGCUCUGCAUCAUCACCGGCGCCUCCAGGGGCUUCGGCCGCGCCGUAGCCAGGGACUUGUCCCGGUUGGUGCAGCCCGGCUCCGUGCUCGUGCUCGCGGCCCGCUCCGGGGACGAGCUGCGGGCUCUGCAGGCGGAGCUGACCGCCUCAGAGGCGGGCAGAGCCGGCCUGAAGGUACAGGUGGCGGUGGCGGACGUGGGCCGGACGGAGGGCCUGGAGACCAUCAUCAGGACCUCUGUUGAGGCUUUCUCUGAAGACAUGGACCGAGUCAUCCUGGUCAACAACGCUGCCUCUCUGGGUGACGUGUCCCGCUUCACCCGCAGCUUCACCGACAUGGCCGAGGUGGACUCCUACCUGUCCCUGAACGUCAGCUCCUCGCUGUGCCUCACUGCCAGGGUGCUGCAGGCCCUGCCCGGGCGCGGGGGCCUCAAGCACACCGUGGUCAACGUGACGUCCCUGUGCGCCCUGCAGCCUUUCAGCUCCUGGGUGCUGUACUGCACGGGCAAAGCCGCCCGCGAGAUGAUGUUCAGGGUGCUGGCUGAGGAGGAGCCAGAGCUGCGAGUACUCAACUACUCCCCUGGACCCCUGGACACUGAAAUGCAGCAGGAGGCCCGGUCCAGGACAGCCGACCCCGACGUGAAGAUGUCCUUCUCAAAGAUGAAGACCCGUGGCCAGCUGCUCACCUGUGAGGAGUCCUGCGCCAAGCUGAUGAAGGUGCUCCUGGAGGACAGCUUCAGCUCGGGCGCUCACAUCGACGUGUACGACGUGUAACAUCACACGCAUGGAGAGGGGGACGGUUCUGGACUCAGAACUCAUUUUUUUCUGUCAGGCUGUCAUGUUUCUGUGCAGUUCUUAAAGUUUAAAACCAAAUGUAU